AUGGGAUCUGCCCUUGGAAUAAUAAUAUUGAUUUGCCUACUUAAUGAAUCAAUAAAAGCGUCCGAAGUUCCGAGUAAUAUUACAAAGCAAUUCUCCAUAUAUACUUGGCUUCUGGGCAAAAAGAUGGAGCUCAAACCCUGGUUACAAUCAAUCUGUGCUUAUUUCAAGAAAGAAUUAUCAGAUGUGAAUGAAAGAGACAAAAGACUUAAAGUUAUGUUUAGUAACUUUCAAGAAAGUAAACAUCAUAACGAUGAAUUUCAGCCAAACGUAAACAGCACAAUAAUAAGUAGAAUAUGGGAACUAUUCAAUCACUGUUUUCUAACUUUUGAUAAUUUGGCUAAACUUAUUCAAAAUGAUCAUGCAUUAAAAUAA